AAUGGAAAUACGAGCUGCAGUUGACUGCUGAAAUGAAAGAAAUUUCAGUCCGACAAGCUAUCCCCCACACCAAUCUGUUUCAAUCUUGACUUUUUCCUCCCCCCCUUUGAUCACUGCUAGAGUUUUGGUCUGAGAAAACAAAAACUAAAAUCACUAGUACAAGCCAUUUAAUUUUCCAGCAAGUUGGAUUGCCAUUAUUUUAAUUCCAAAUCCAAGAAUCAAUUCAACAUUAUCAUUUCUGUAUUAAACUAUACAACUUGAGCUUGCCACCUAAAUUCAACAACCAAAUUCACACCUUCAAUGCAUCUUCCAUCUUGAUACAAUCAUACAAAAGUGUACAGAUUUGGGUCUUUUUUAGUUGCUUUUUUGGCCAUCAGGAAAAGGGUUGAUGGCUUUUGAACAAGCAUUCUCUCACCAUCUUAAUAACAGAAACAGAGGAGAAGAAGCAGAGCCCAAGAAGAAGCUCAGGAAGAAAAGAUCAAUCUUUAGGCUUUCUUCAAAGUCAUCCAAGUCCCAAUUCAAUGGGGGUACUGAUGAUUUAGCAAGCAAGAAUUCACAAGCAGCUCAGCCACCAAGUCUUGGUUCGUUAUUGGAUUCAUCACCGAACUAUAUGAAGUCAACAAGCUGCUUUGAUGCUAAGAAAGAAAGUCCUCAAGUAAGUUCCCCAGCUCCAAUUCCUGUUCUUGUUCUCAUUGAAAUCACAUAAAUUGAUUCCUGUAUGAUGAGAUUUGUUUUCUGGGUUUGUUUCCAAAGGCUUAAUUUUGAGGUUAGAAACCAUUAUUAUCGAUGAAUGAAGGAAGAAAUUCAUGAUUACGAUUCCUUAGAAUUAAGCCAAGUUUAGAGGGAUAAAUUCCCAGUUCAAUUAAAGAAAUGCAUCAAGAAUGCUAAAAGGGCAUCAGAUAAUUGGUCUUACUCAGUGAUUUCUGUCUUGACUGGCAGGGAGAAAUUGACUGUGAUGAUGUGAAUUCAGUGGUUUCUUCAUCUUGUGGAUCAUCGGAUAUAGUUAUGGUUCCUUCUACUGUAAUGUCUGAUGAUGCAGCUAUUCAUCGUAAUCAAUCUUCUUCAGAAGUAUCAGAUGCAUCCCCAAUGUCUCUGAAGGCAACUGCGUAUUCUGAAGGGAGAAAGUUACAUGAUUCUGAAUCUAGCUAUGAUAGCAGUGAUAAUGGUAAAAGCUCAAGUUAUGGUCAGUCAAAAUCUGUUCAGUCUGGACACAGAACUUUGUCAACAUUGACAAGGUCAUCUAGCAAAAGGGCUGUUAGAAUUUUGUUCAAGAAAAAUAGUUUUAACCCCAGGAAGGCUCCAUUAAAAAACUCACAAAUGUCAGAAGAGCUGCUGAAUGUGGAGAGGGCAACAUGUUCUUCUAUUAUAAAAGACGCGAGAUUCCCUGAACAUGUGGAGCUUGAACCUGGGCAAGAAGAAUCCCAAAGAACUUCAUUUGUGAAAGUUUGUCCAUAUCACCAUUGUUCUUUAAAUGGGCAUUGCCAUGAUCCUCCACCUCAGAAGAAGCCAUUUUUACGCCGGCGAAAGCAGUCAUCAGAAUUAGGGAAGACGGUGAAAUCAAGUAGUGGAUCUGCACCUGAAACCAAGAGAUCUGCUGGUAAGAAGAAAGGUUCAAAGAAGAAUCAGGUACCAUCAAAUGCUGAAUGCUUAGUUCAUGAGGCUUCAUAUCUGGAAUCUGAAGAUACGAAGGGCAGUAAUGUGGUUCUUCACGGAGCAUCAGAUCACGGAAACAAUGGCCUGGAGUUUUGUGUGAGAGAAGGAAUUUCUUUGAAACAAGAGGAACUCAGUCCAGAAGCCUCUGUUGAGAUCAAGGAAUCAAGUUCGGAAUUCCAAAGCCAGGAAAGGGAAUUGGAGAUAUCCAAGGCUCCAGAAAAGUCCUUAGGCCUGCGAAAAUCCUCACUUAGCAAAGGGAAAUCUGUCAGCAUGUGGCAUCUAAUUCACAAGCAUAUGGUGUCUGAUCUUGCUGCUGAAGAAGAAACAAAGCCUCAUCAAGAAACUGAUAUGAGUAGGCAUCUGGAAGAUGCUCAAAUGGAAACUGCAAGGGAAAGUUCCAAUGUCAGCCCAGAUUUUACUGAUCCAAAUGUUGGCACUUCGGAUCAGGAUAAAGAAAACCAAGACAUUGAGAUUCGCAAGCUUUUUGCUAUAAAGCUAGUUCGAGAGGCAAUUGAGAAGAUUCUUCUUCCUGAAGUUCAGGAUCAGUUAUCUGAGAGCCAGUCAGUUACAAGUGAAAGUGCAGAAAGCCAAGAACUUACUGAGAAGAAUCAUCAAGAAGAUCCUCAUGAAGGCACCAACAAAGAAAGUGCUACCAUGCAAGUCAGUAUAGAUGGUAGCAUCACCACACAAGAAAUAAAGAAACAAGAAUCUCAAUCAGGAAAGAAACCAGACAAGAAAUCACCAAGCAACUGGAGCAAUCUCAAAAAGUGGGUUCUUCUUCAAAGAUUUGUCAAGGAAUUGGAAAAGGUGAGGAAAAUCAACGACACAAAACCACGGCAACUGCAGUUGGAGACUGACCCUUCAUCAGAAAAACUCUCCUUGAGGCGUCCGACAGGUGAUGAGAAGAAAAAGGCAGAGGAGUGGAUGCUUGACUAUGCGCUUCAACAAGUGGUUAGUCAACUUGCUCCAACUCAAAGAAGAAAAGUGGCUCUUCUUGUGAAAGCCUUUGAAACUGUAGUUCCACCUCAAGAAGAUGGUGUUCAGAUGACAGCAAAAGCAGCUGUGCUGAUUCGCCAAGAGGACAGAAAGCUCGAUGCUGAUAAUCAUAGUUCUGUUUUGGAGGAAAAAUCUAAUACAGAAAAGCAAAACACUCCUGUAAUGCAAGAAGUUCAGUCUCCGACUAAACUCUGCUCAGAGACAGACUACCUAAGAAAUGCCUCUUCCACCGAUGCGACCUUGGAAAAAUCUCAGGAGACAAUUUCUGCCACUGAACUCUCCAGUUUUGCAACAGCAGAUUUGGAGGCUGAUUCUGAAUUGAGUAGCAGAAAUGAGAAGAUCAAAGUUGCAAGUGAGCAGUCUAAUCCAUUCUCAACCAGAAGCCGUGAUGUUGAAGGGCAUCCAGAAGAAGCUGAGAAGAUACCAGCUAAAGAUGAAAAUAUCAAAGAGAUGUCUGAGCUGGCUGGAUAUAAAAAUCUGACCCCAAGUUCUAAGGAAAUAGAGCUUGGUGAUGGAAAUGACAGAAUGGAUGAAGCAUUUAGCACUUCACAGUGCUUGGUGGCAGACCAAACCCAAAAAACUGAGGCAACAGAGAACUUGGUUUCUUCAAGUUUGGAGCAGGAGGGAUCAACCUUGAAGGAGACUAAAAGCGAAACCGUGCUAGAACCUGGAAGAGUUCAGGCGUUUCCUCCUCUGGUAAAUGAGGCAGCUCAACUUCCCCUUGACAAGCAAAAUUAUCUUCGUUUGUGGCACUCAGUCUGUCAGCAUGUAGUGUCAAGUGUAGCCACUAAGCUCGUGCUUGAUGAAGAUGAUGAAGAAACAGAAGAGGCAAAUAAGCCAUCAGCUGUCACAACUCCUAAAGGAAUUAAUGAAGAGAGACAUCAUAAAGCCGAAUUUACCCGAAGUCAAGUUCUGAAACUUGUAAAAGAGGCUGUUCAAGAGAUUCUUAGUCCAGAAAUUCAGGAUGACUCUUCUGACACACUCUCAGUUUCCAGCGAAAUUCUUCCAGAUCCAGAGCUCCCUGGAAAAGAUCAUAAUGAAGGUGCCAAAGAAAGUGCAUCGAAUAUGGAUGGCCUCACCAAGCAAAAUACAGAAGAACUUGACAAGAGUAAAGAAGAUCCAGCAGCUGAUGAAGAAAAGGAAUUGACAAAGGAUGUCGUCACUGGCGAAAGCUCCACAAAAGUAGAGACAGUGGACAAAAGCAUCAAUGAUCCACCAAAACCAAGGAACUGGAGGAAGCUAAAGCAGAUGAUACUUCUCAAGAGAUCCAUUAAAGCAAUGGAAAAAGCACGGAAACUCAAAUUCGGUCCACAGAACUUGCUUCCCCUGCCGUCUGAUGGAGAACCCGAAAAAGUUGAUUUAAAGCACCAAAUGAUGGAUGAGAGGAGGAAAGCUGAGCAGUGGAUGCUCGAUUAUGCAGUUCAAAACAUUGUCACCAAGCUCACUCCCACCCGGAAGAAAAGGGUGGCAAUGCUCGUCGAAGCUUUUGAAGCAGUUGUUCCACUUCCUGAAACGUAGAACCAAGGCAGGUACAAUAAACUGAUGGAUUGUCAUACUUCCUGAAAAGAUAAGAACUUUGGGAAGCAACAAAACACAUCUUCAAUCUUCACGGAACAAUCACUUCUUUGCCACUUCAUGUUUCUGUUCAUCCUUGGACCUCAUUGCUGAUGCUCAAGUUCAUCUGGCUCCUGGUAGAAUAAAAUGGUUGAUUUCUUCCUAUGCAGAUGUUCAUUCAGGUUGUUUUUUAAACCAUAAUUUUUGUAAACUAGUGUGUAUAAGAUUAUGGAGAUUCUUUUUGUAUGUAUUGGAGAUUGCUUGCAGAUAAGAGUAUGGUCUGUGUAAUUGGCGUGAAUUAGGAUCAUAAUAACGUGAAUUAGUUUCUUUUAUUCUCUUUCAUGUAUUCUUUUGUACUUCUUGUGGAAGUAUGUAAUUAUCAUGGAAUAAAUUUUGCCUUCGUGUAUUCUUUUACUAGCCCCCCUUUUUUUUUCUAAUAAAAUGCUGCUACUUUAUAUUUAAGGAU